GUCGCAAAUGGUAGGUUGAGGCGUAGUUUACGUCGUUACUAGGCAGCGUUAACGGGGCGCCGUGCAUUAGAAGAAAAUUCUCUGAAAGAGAACUAUUAAUUUAGACAGACAUGUUUAUACUGUUAUAAAUGUAACGUUGUCAAGACAAGUUGCUGUAGAUGGAAAGAAUGGCUGCAUCAAGCGAAAUUCGAGAAAAGCUACGAAACAAACGACGGGCUUUGCAAGACACCUUGGUCAAAAACAAAAACGAGGACGACAUUCAGGCUCUGGUUCCGUCUGCCAGGUUCAAUGUGGACCAGCAACCGACUGCAAUGAAGGAAGCUGAGGGCAGUGAUGAGGAUCCAGGUGAGACUCUGAGGCGCACCUUCAGAGCCCAAAGACAGAGGAGAAAGAAGAAGCUGCUCGAGCAGUCUUUCGUCCAGGAGUGUCAUGAUGCUGAGGAUGCAGAGGAAGUUCCCAACGCUCGGCGCCACAGUGCCAACGAGGGAUCCGCUGAUAGGGCAGACGAUUCGGUGGUUUCUACAAGGCCUCCAACUGGUUCGCAGAGAGCUCUCUCUGUAAGAUCUGAGGACUCGUCCAGCUCUCAGCAUUUAGACACCUAUGUGACACGGCAUUUGCAAGAGAAGCUGAGAGCAGCCAGGUCUAAAGGAGAGAGCCUCCAGCAGCAGGAAGCCUCAGAGGUUUCCGCGGAGCCAGUCAGUCGACUCCAAAGGCUCAAAAACAGAGACACCGUAACAAGGUUUGAUAGAGAGGCGGAGCCAAUCAGUGCAGGACGACAGGAUGACCCCCUGGCCCUUCGCUCCAGAGUCAAGUUCCGAGAGGCUGGAAGAAGAGUGGUAAAAGACCUUCCAACUGCUGAGGAAGCAUUCAAUUUCUUCACAUUUAACUAUGAGCCCGAACCACCGAGUCAGCAAGAGGGGGUUAGCCGGAAGAGACAAAAACGGAGAGAAAGAGUUAAGAAGGACAAAGGUGAAGACAGUCAAGAGGAAGCGGAGGUGGAAGAGGAUGCUGAAGCAGAAGAAGAUAAUCAAGAUCAAAAUGAAUACCAGAGUGAAGACGCUCCUCUGGUUCGAAAUGAAGAUGAUCUAUUCGCCAUUGACCAUUCGCCUCAGGACUUUGUGGAAAUGAGAAAAGCAGAGUACGUCGCUUACCGAAAGCGUGUUCAACGAGACCGGGAGCUCCUGUUUACCCCGAGCUUUCGAACAGUUCCCACCUCUGUCAAACUGCCUGAAAACAUGAAGCCCCGCUUCCUGGAGGACGAGGGUCUCUACGUAGGAGAAAGGCCUCCUGUGUCUUUGACGAAUGAAAACAUCCUAGAGAAUCGCAUUUUGAAGAUGGCCGAGGGAAACAAAUGGUUUGGCGAUGAUGGGAAGGUCAUUGCUCUGCCCGACCCCAUAAAGGAAUCGUCCACUAGGCCCCCUCUGUUCCACAUGGAGGGAGACCUGGAUCCUGCACUGCAGACAGUUUACAGGAAGGCUCUGAAGUCCAAGUACGCAAACCUGUACAUCGCUGGGGCUGCAGACCCCGAGGGAGACUACCAGCUGGACGUGGACGUCUCUGGGCUGAUCUUCUCUCAUCACCCUCUCUUCAGCCGCGAGCACGUCCUGGCGUCGCGUCUGGCUCAGCUGUACGACCAGCACCUCAGCAGGCAGCAUAAUAAUCUCACAGGGCACCUUACCGACAAGUUGAACGGCCUCAGGAACGCUUUGCAGAACAUGAUGAAGAUCCACGGAGAGCAGGGCUCCUCGGAGGCCCUGCGGCAGAGGAUCUCAGAGUACAGCCUAGAAGUGAGGAACACUCGGCAGCUGCGAGACACGGAGCAAGAGAAAGACAGGACUCUGCUGAGGAGCGUCAUUAAAGUGUGGAAGGAGAUCAAGGCCUUAAGAGAGUUUCAGAAGUUUACCAACACACCUUUUAAGCUUUACCUCAGAAGGGAGAAUGUAGAUCGGGCUUCGGAUGAGCGGGACUACGAAGGCGAAAUCUUGGCAGAGGUUUUGGAACUGGAAGCGGAAAGUGAAGGGGAAUACCAAAAGAAACUAGCAGAGUACAAGAAGCAGCUGGAAGACUGGAAACUCUGGAGGAGGAAGCAGAAAGCCAAAAGGAAGAAGAAAAAGAAGAAAAAGAAAGGCCUGGCGCAGGAAGACACAGAAGAAGAAGAUCAAGACCAGGAUGAGAGCGAGUCGGAAGGGCCCUUUGAGGAAGGUCCUGCAAAGCCGCAGCCCCCCGAGAGGCCAGACGUCGACUCCAUGGAGCAGUGGGUGAGAGAAAAAGCCUCCAGGAUACGCAGGAAGCCAGGAGAGGCCAUUCUGAUCCCGGAGCUGUCUGCGUCAGGAAGCAUCACAGCCAGUGAACUCUGCCCCAGGGCUGAAAUAGCUCGAAGAGAAGAUGUUUCCAGGCGUUCGCUUUUCAUCAAGAUCCUUUACAACGACAAGGAGGUUUCCAGGACAGACAGUCGCUCGCUGAGCGCCGACUUCAGGGUUCACUUUGGUCAGAUUUUCAACCUGAAGAUAAUCAACUGCCCCCACAGCAUUAAUCUGCAGGUGUUUGAGGAGGUCGGGUCAUCGUGUUCGCUGCUGGCUCAGGUGUUUGUUCCGGUACCCGACCCUUCGGUGGUCACAGGCAGCGCGCCUAUAGAGGAGUUUGAGUUCAGCAGCAACCAGCGGGUGAUGUUUGACCACGAGGGAGUUGGAAGUGAUGUGCCGCUGUCCUUUGAGUCCGACGGAAGCAACAGACUGACGCUGCUGACUUCUGGAAAGCUGUCUUGCUGCGUGUCGUGGGGGAUCGGGGAAGAAGGCGUCCCGCUCGCUCCGCCUGUUUCACAGCAACCUGGAGGCACACACAGUGGCCGAUGGCAUCUAGAUGCUGUCUCAUACAUCGGGGCCUCCGGACUGUAUGACAUGAAGAAAAUAGGCGAGUGGGCCACGCAGUCGCGGCUGGACCCCAACGAUCCGAAGAACACCUCCAUCAUGCAGCUGCUGAAAGUGGCGAGCAGCGGCGAGGUGACCGCCCCCGACUACUUUCGUCUGGAACACCUGCAGGAGGAGUUUAACUUUGUGACUGACGAGGAGCUGGAGAGGUCCAGAAGGUUCCGCCUGCUCAGGCUCAGGAACCAGGAAGCUCCAGAGUUUCGCAAUUAUAAAUUUGUUCCUCUUCUUGAGAGGGAGGUCUCUGACAAGGUUUUCCAGGAUUAUGAAAAAAGAUUGAAGGACGGGGAGAUAAUUGACACCAGGGAACAUCUGGAUCCUCACAGAGCUUUGGUGGCCAAAUACCUUCAGAAGAUACGGGAGUCGGUCAUCAACAGAUUUAUUCUUGCCAAACAUUUCUACCAACUGUCUGACCUGGUGACUGAAGAGGAGAUACCAAGCAUCGGUGGUGCAGGUUCAGGGAUUCUGGGGAUUAACCUGUUCAAGCUGGCUGAGUCCAAACGGCCACUGAAGCCUCAAAGGAAAGAAAGGAAAAAGGUGACUGCGCAGAAUCUGUCCGACGGAGACAUCAAGCUGCUCAUCAACGUCAUCCGGGCCCACAACAUCCCCAUCCGCAAACCCCUGGGCAACAAACCGGGACAGUCUUCUCAGAGCGCCCUCCAGGGCAGUGACUGGUACCUGAGCCAGGUGCAAGUGAGGCCGUUUGUGGAGGUUUCCUUCCAGCGCACGGUGCUCCAAACGACCACCGCUGACGGACCCAAUCCCAGCUGGAACGAGGAGCUGCAGCUGCCAUUUAGUGCUCCAAACGGCGACUACAGCACUUCCAGUUUGCAGUCUGUCAAAGAUGAAGUCUUUAUCAACAUAUUUGAUGAAGUCCUAUACGAGACGGGACCGGGCGGCAAAGAGAGGGGGACGUCCAUCCACACGCAGAUAGAGAAGCACUGGUUGGGCUCGGUCAAGAUUCCCUUCAGCACCGUUUACUCUCAGUCAAAGAUUGACGGAGCCUUCAAAGUGAACACGCCGGCUGUGCUGCUGGGAUACAGCAGGGAGCACGGCGGCAGCAGCAGCGUCUAUGAUCAGUGGCGGAGCACGCACGGGGGGACCUUCCUACGACUCUUCCUCACGAUAGAACCCCAGCUGGUGCCUGGAGAGUCUGUUAGGGAGAAGAUAAAGGAAGCUGAGUUCGACAGUCAGGAGGAUGAGCGCCUACUGCAGGCUGCGGAGAAGUUUGAGAAGGAGGCAGCUCAAGGCUUCCCGGACCGACCCUGCAUCACCACGGUAACAGACCUCAGCGGGAAGACGGUCUUCAUCACUCGUUACGUCCGACCGCUCAACCCGCCGCAGGAGUUCCUCGAUGCGUUCCCUAAUAACCCCCAGGAGGCCACGACCCUGGUGGCGCGGUUUGUCUCCCUGAUCCCUUCUCUGCCAGACCAGGUUUCCUUCUCGGGAACCUGCGACUUAUGGAGCACGUGUGACCAAUUCCUGACUCUGCUGGCCGGAGAUGAGGAGGAACACGCGGUGUUGUUGUGCAACUACUUCCUGUUUUUGGGGAAGAGAGCCUGGCUCGUAAUCGGCACAGCCAUACCAGAGGGAACCACCGUGUACGUCCUGACCCAUGAGCAGAGUGGCUACUUCAUCUGGAACCCCAGCAGCGGGCAGUUCUACAACAAGGACGACUCCUUCUGCCCUCUGCAGACUGUUGGCUGCUUGGUAAACGCUGACAACGUUUGGUACAACGUUCAGGAAAACCCCUCACCGUUAAACACUAAUUUCGACAUCACAAAGUCCAACAUGUGGAAACCGUUUUUCUCCCGCUCCUUCUCCCACCCUGGGCUGUCUAGUGUACAGCCUGAGGAGCUGGUGUACCGGCCCAUAGACAGAGCAGCUGCGGCCGAGCUUCAGGACAGAGUUGAGAAAAUACUAAAGGAGAAGAUUAUGGAGUGGCGCCCCCGUCACCCAACGCGCUGGAACCGGUACUGCAACACCACCCUGAAACAGUUUCUGCCCAAACUGGAGCAGAGCCGUGGGCAGGAUGUAGCCGAGGGCCACCGCCUCGAGUUGCAGAACCUCCUGGGAGACUACAGGAUCGCAGGAUUCCCCCUCCAUCUGCCCUUUUCUGAGAUCCGACCAAUCAUAGAGGCCGUUCACAGCACCGGAGUUCACAACAUUCACUCAGCCAACGUGGAGUUUGCGCUGGCAGUGUACGUGCAUCCUUACCCCAACAACGUGCUGUCGGUCUGGGUGUACCUGGCCUCACUCGUCCGCACAUGAUAAAGACCCAAACGUCUCCUGGUCUCACCGUUGCUUUUUAUUUUUUUAUAAGAAAAUUACUUUUUACCUUAUUUUAUAUGUAAAUGUGGUAUAUUAAAAAUCUGUUGACCCAGCCCCCAUGAGUCAG